AUUUUAAAGCUCUUGUUGUUUGUCAGUUUUAUCUUUUGACGACUGCUUGUCAAUUUAAGUUUAGACAACAAAGGUGAACGAUGGAGUUUGACGUACUGCCGAGGUUCGUAACCCGUACUAACUGGGGAGCAGAGCCUCCAAUCAAGGUCCACCUCAACAACAACCCUAUGGAACAUGUGUGUUUCAACUACAACACCGGAACUGCAAGCUGCAGCGGUGACGAAGAGUGCUUCCCUCUGCUGAGGAAAAUGCAGAAGGAUUACAUGGACGAGGGCUUGUCUGAUAUUCCUUUCAGUUUCCUAGUGGGAGGGGAUGGCACUAUUUACGAAGGUCGGGGAUGGCAUGUAAGAUCCUCAUCCGCAAUACAAGGAACCACCAUGUCUCCCCGUCUAGACAUUGGCUUUCUGGGCACGUUCCAUAGAGAUACAGUUCCGAAGAAGAUGUACUUCAGAGGGAUCGACUGGGUUUACUAUGGAGUCAGAAUGAAUCUACUCAUAAGGAUGUAUUCCUUCCAAGAAAACCGUCAACCUCCAAGGCCGAAGUACAUGAAAACUUACAUACCAUAUUUAAAAAGCUUAAACCAGUAGGAUUAGUUUUUGUGCAUAAUUGUCUGUCCUUAUUUAUUUUGAUUGUUUUAUUUCAAUAAUACGAGUAUUAAAAUAUUGUUAAAACAACAG